AAUAUUUUGUCUGGGCAUCGGAUCUAGCAUGCUGCAGCACGGUUUGCAUCGAAGACUAAGUUGGGAUUUGUUUUCGUAUCCAUUUAUUCAUUUUGAUUUUUAGGCAUAAUUAAAAAUGAUUUGAUUUGACAUAAAAUUUCCUUAAUAUUUUAUAGAUGACGACACAAUAGCCUUGCCGCCUUUGGUUUCAGACCUAUAAGAAGUUGUAGUGAUUCCCUGUGUCUCACCUCUCAAUUACUUGUGGGCAUCACAUAUACUUGGGGACACGCUUUUGGACUUUAACCUGUUCACAACCGUCUAUAAAAGGGAAAUUGUUCUGUUGAGAAUUGCUGAGAUUUUGGAUUUGCAAUUCAGACGGGAAACACAAAUCUUAGCAGGAUUGCAAAUUGAUCAAAAUGUCCUUUGAGGAGUUGUCAGGCAGCUGCACUGACGGGAUAGUGAUUUGCUUAUUAUAUCUAAAAGAGAGGGCUCAGAGCAUAGCAGGGGUAGCACUGGAAACAAUGGGAACUUCUGACUGUGGAGUUUUCAAGGAUGAGGAAUGCCGAGACAAGCAGGCUGCCUUGUAUUUAAAGACAAUUGCCAUUUUUGUGAUUCUCGUAUCAGGUGCUUUUGGAGUGGCAUUGCCUCUUUGUGGAAGGAGAUUGAACUUUAUCAGGACAAGUGGAAACUUUUUUGUGAUCGCUAAGGCCUUUGCUGCCGGAGUUAUUCUAGCAACAGGUUUUGUUCAUAUGCUAUCAGAUGCUGAAGCAGCUCUUACUGAUGAGUGUUUGCCAGAUAUGCCAUGGUCAAAAUUUCCAUUUUCUGGUUUUAUUGCAAUGUUGGCUACAUUGUGCACUCUUUUAGCCGACUUUUUGGGGACACAAUAUUAUGAAAGGAAACACCUGAAGGAGCAGAAUGGUGUCAUAACAAGCGGCCAUAUUGAGGAACAGCAGAAUUGGCCUGAAUUAAUGCCUGCUUCAUCUGUUGAGGAUGGAAAUGAAAAGACGCCAGAUGAAGAACAUGGUGACAGACACAUGCAUAUUGUAGGUAUGCGUGCUCAUGCAGCAUCCCAUAGUCAUAGUCAUCCCCAUGGUCAUCAUUCUUGUGAAGAUGAAACACAUGAGCAUGUUCAUAAGCAAUUUGGGCAUACACAUACAGAACACAUUGUGACUGAACCUUCUCAAAACAUUCGACAUAUUGUAGUUUCCCAGGUUCUAGAAAUGGGAAUCGUCUCACAUUCAGUUAUCAUUGGUCUUUCGCUUGGAGUUUCUCAGAGUCCAUGUACAGUUAGACCCCUAAUGGGAGCAUUAUGCUUUCAUCAAUUUUUUGAAGGCUUUGCACUCGGAGGCUGUGUUUCUCAGGCAGGUUUCAAAUCUCUCUCAGCUACCAUCAUGGCCUCUUUCUUUGCAAUCACUACUCCUGUAGGAAUUGGCAUUGGUAUUGGAAUAUCUUCCAUAUACAAUCCAAAUAGCCCAAGAGCACUUGUUGUGGAGGGUAUAUUUGAUUCUAUAUCUGCAGGAAUUCUCAUAUAUAUGGCUUUGGUAGAUCUCAUUGCAGCAGAUUUUCUCAGCAAGGGAAUGUGUUGCAAUCCAAGAUUGCAGGUUGUAUCAUACAUUGCCUUAAUUAUAGGUGGUCUUAUGAUGUCAUCCCUUGCAAUAUGGGCAUGAAAUAUCAUUAUUCCCCAGUUGUGAAUAUUGAGCAUCUUUAUUUCACAUUUGAAUAGACAUUACGUGCUUUCUCCAGGCAGAGCUCAGAGGGAAAGUUAUCAUGUACAGUAUGAAGGAAUAUGGUUCGUGAACUGGUGCAUUUACUUGGCUUGGCACAAAUAACCUAAUGCUGCUUAGAGAUGCUCACAGUUACUCGAUGGCUGAUCCAAACAUUUUAUUUUUGAACGUCUGCAUUAGGAGUUAAAUGAUCAACCCAAGUAUGCUUUCUUGAUUUCAUCAUUUGUUGGCGUCUCCAAAACGGGGGCAGCGGAAGAGUUUUGAAGUUGCAUUCUGUCCGGAGAAGCACUAUAUAACUCUUGACAACUAGUAAUUAUUGGCUUUCUGAUUUGUUUAAAGCUGUAUUUGUCAAACGGGCAGCUGAGCUAAAAAUUAGAUGCGGACAGAAAAUUAUACAUUCUUUGUUAUCAUGCAACAAAUUAUUGAUUCCUGGAUGUCAGUGUAUCACAGGUUACUUAAAUAAUAUGACCAAAUAUCUCGACUA